GGGAGAUGGGGAGGGGUCCUGAGGAGCUCUGGGGGCACGGGGAGAGCCCGGGCUGGGGGGAGCCCCCCCGCCAUGGAUGACCUGAACCUGCACUUCAGGUUCCUCAACUGGCGCCGGCGGAUCCGGGAGAUCCGGGAGGUGCGGGAGGGCCGGGACCGGGACCGGGAUCGGGACCGAGAUCGGGGCCUGCGCUGCCAGGAACGCGCCCGGCACAUCCUGGUGGACGGGGACACCCUCAGCUACCGCGGCCCCUCGGGCGAGGUCGGCUGUUACGUGGCCCCGCGGCCGCUGACCCGCGACAGCAACUACUUCGAGGUGUCCAUCGUGGACAGCGGCGUCCGCGGCACCAUCGCCGUGGGGCUGGUCCCGCACUGCCACAGCCUCGAGCACCCCCCGGGAUGGGGGCCCGGCUCCGUCGCCUACCACGCCGAUGAUGGAAAGCUCUACAGUGGCCGGGCCAAGGGGCGCCAGUUCGGCUCCAAGUGCAGCUCUGGGGACCGGAUCGGCUGCGGCGUCGAGAGGGGCUCGUUCGGAGCCCCCCCAGCCCAGGUUUUCUUCACCAAGAACGGCCAGAGGGUGGGGGGUCUGGGGGUGCCCCUGUCGCCCCCGGGGCUGUUCCCAGCCGUGGGGCUGCACUCGCUGGGCGAGGAGGUUCGGCUGCACCUGCCCCCCCCCGGGCCCCCCGAGGAUGAGGGGGGGGCCAUGCUGGUGGACAGCCUGGAGGAGGAGUGGGGGAGGCUCCAUGACGUGCGGCUCUACGGCUCCGUGUUGGAGUACGUGGGGAAGGGGAAGAGCAUCGUGGAUGUGGGGCUGGCCCAGGCGCGGCGGCCGCUCAGCCCUCGCAGCCACUACUUCGAGCUGGAGAUCCUGGACCCCGGCGAGAAGUGCUACAUCGCCCUGGGCGUGGCCAGGAAGGAUUACCCCAAAAAUCGUCACCCUGGCUGGAGCAGGGGCUCGGUGGCCUACCACGCAGACGACGGAAAGCUGUUCCACGGCAGCGGGGUCGGAGAUCCCUUCGGCCCCCGCUGCUACAAGGGCGACGAUGGCUGUGGGAUCAUGUUCCCUCGGGACUACGGCCGGGACAGCGAAGGUGACAGCGAUGACGCCUCGGAGCCCCCCGAGGUGAAGGUGAAGGUGCGCAACGUGAUGUACCUGGAGGAGGAGGAGGAGGAGGAAGAGGAAGAGGAGGAGGAAGAAGAGGAUGGGGAGGACAUGGAGCAGGAGCAGGAGGGCAGGAAGGUCGUGGUGUUCUUCACACGGAACGGGAUGGUCGUGGGGCGCAGGGAGGUUGGGGUCCCCGGGGGGCUCUUCCCCACCGUGGGGAUGCUCAGCACUGGUGAGAAGGUCAAGGUGGACCUGCACCCCCUGAGUGGAUAAAGGGGGGUCCGCGUGGGGUCCCCCAAAACCUGAAACCCUGCGGUGCUCCUGGUGCCCCCCCGGGCCCUCCCAGUGCACUUUAGGGGGUUUCCACAGCAGUGGGGACCCCCCCAAGGUGGUUUUUAGGGGGUUCACUCCUGCCCC